AUGCCAACAGCGCCCGAGAUGUGGCAGCGCAUAAAGCGGGGCGAGUGCAUCUUCUAUGGCACCGCCGAGAUGGGCAACGACGUGUACAGCCAGCUGAACACGACGCUGCCAGCAUCGUACGGAGUGGGCUGCGCGGCCUUCCCCCCCCCCCCGCGGCCUUCUAUCGGGGACAGGGCCGGCGUCGCCUGCCCUCCCGGCUCGGCCGCGCUCGGGGUCGACGGCGGGCGCAGGCUCGAGCUGAGCCUCCUCCUCCCGUCGAAGUUCAGAGACCUCUUCGCCUCCGAGCAGGUUCAGCAGUACAGCUUUUGCAUUAAAUCGAUCUCGGUGACGGUCGAGGACCAGAAGAACGAGCCCGCGAAGACGCUGGACAAGGGGACGCGCCGCGCACUGGACGUUCCACGAAACGAGUCUGCCUUCUCGGACGUCAAGCUGCUGCUGGCCGUCAUGACGCCCACCUACGCCUGCGACGUGCGCAACGUGCACAGGACGACCUGGAUGACCCACAGGCGCGUCUGCGCCUUGCGCCGCCACGCAGAGGCCGGGUGCUCGAUCAUGCCUCUGUUCGUAUUCGCGAACGUCUCGCGCGACGCCGUUGAGGAAGCCGACGAUGUAGUGUUUCUGCCCGACGUGCAGCCUUCCAAACGCCUGAACAACGGCGUCAGGGUCUGGUGGAAACUCGGCAAGAACGCAAGAACAGGGAUAUGUGGAGGGAGGGACAGUACAAGACCCCAGCGUGGUUCCAGCACGCCCUGCAGUAUCCCUGGGCGACGCACAUCGCAAAGAUGGACCUUGACACGUAUCCCUUCGUGA